AUGGACACCAACGGCCAUGCCAGCCAGAAUGGCAGCUUCAAUGGGGCAAACGGUGCAUCGCCGAUGAAUGGAUCCAUACAAAGAGUCGCCAGAGUCCUUACUGUUGAUGAGGCGCUGCCAUAUUCACCUUUCUCGUCAGUCGUACCAUUCAAUUCUGAUAUUAUUCCUGUCCCUUCCAUUGGCCUUCGAUCUUCAACCUCAAUAUACUCAUCUCAGACCGAGCGCGAAGAAGGGCGGCAGGUUCUUGAAAGCCUCAAUCGCGAUGCGCAACAGUCUCAUAACACAUCUCAAAGACUCCAGAAAUCAUUGAUUGAGCUGAAGGAGCUUUUAAAACCAGGAAACAUUCCCAAAUUUACCUUCAAAACUGUCCCAAAUGUGACCGGCUCACCUUCUUCGAAUGAGCAACCUACCAUUAAUCUCUCUCCGUUUGCACAGCUACUUUAUGACCAAACAAAAGUGGAAUUUAGUUACCCCUCGCCAGAACGACCAAGUCCCCCGAUUACUGCCAGCAGAUUAUCUACUAAGCAAAAGGUGACUCCGACCUCAACCCCAAUUCCAAAGCCGAAGUCAGCCGCCCAACAGCCUUCUACCCAACGUGCGAUCUCAAACCAACAAGCUUACAACGAGAAUUCUACGAUCGCAGUCGAAAUACCGAAGGUGAAAUUCGAGAAGCUGCCGAGCGAACAUACCGAUACACCUUCGCAGCCCGUCCAGGUGCCUCCUUCUAAUUCAAGUUCAAGCUUCUCUGUUGUAAUCCCAGAGCUGCCUAAAACCUUUAGUCGCAAAGAGUAUCAUCCAUCGCAAGGUGACUCGAAUCUUAAGGAAAUCCCUGUCUCACAGCCGCGGGCCGAUCCCCCAAAACAAUCGACACCAAUUUCUACACCUCGACAGCUAUCUCAGCAGACUACAGCGACUGGCUCCAAUAUCAAGAUGGCUGUUGUGAUCCCUAAUUUGCCCUCGACUUUCCGACCGGAGGAAUAUGAGGUUCUCCCCGCUUCCCCAGAUACCCCACAACAUCUUUCGAGGAAACGACGACGCUCGGACGAUGAUGAGGACGAUUUGUCUAGAAGCGUCGACCAGCGAGAGAAGAGUGAAUUGACUCUCAAGCAUCUGCGUGAAUACUUGCAAGACAUUUUCGAAGCCGAGGACCAAAUGCAGCCAGGCAACUUCACAAGUCCGUAUAUUGUGCCAACUAGCGAAAGCGUGUGCUUGAGUGUUCCUGCCCAGGCCAAGGUCGAAAUUCUGGUUCAGAGAGUCAUCGAUGCGAGCAGAUUCCAUCAAGUACCAGUAGAUGACCUCUUACGGCUGCAAAAGCUUUGCGAGGGUGCUCUAAAAGAUGCAGAAGCUGCGGAUCUCAAGGUCGAUGAGGAAAUGGGAGAACCGGAAGUUGAAAUAUUGAUUCAGCAGAUUUCCGUCGCCGAACUCGGAGUGAAGGCUGCGAGGCUUGGCCUGAAACUGAUGUCCGGUGGUCGUGACGAAAAACAAAUCUACUCUGAAGAUGUUAUCCACAGUGCUUUGAACGUAUUCAAGAAUGUCACCGAAAAUUGCUUGAUUCCGAUCGUAGAACUGAGAAGUACUGGCUCCUCAGCAGCAUUGUUCAAACAUCUUUCUGCACAGAAGGUCGCAAUUACCAAUUUGCUAUCGCAAUGCCGACGACUUUUCUCUACGAUCGCUAGCCUGGUAUCAUCGAUUGAGCUCUCGGAAACUGUUAUCAACACACUUGAAUUCACAGCAUCUCAGCUGAUCUUUGUGGAGAACGCUCCUAGCGAGAAGGACUCGAUUGUGAAGGUCGCUAAAUUCGAAAGCCUACGUGUUGUGGCCAUGGAUGUUCUCGCUCAGAUUUUCCUGUGCAAGCCAGCCCAGCGUCAAGGCAUCUUCGAUGAGAUCCUGACAUCUAUGGAGAAGCUUUCGGUCUUGAAGCAAAGUGCUCGCCAAUUCAAGCUCCCCGAGGGCGGAAGCAUACAACUCGUGUCAGCAUUGAUUAUGAGACUUAUUCAGACAAGCGCGUGUAAACCCGAUGAUUCCAAGGAGAAGCGGAGAAACAAGGCACUAGAAGCGCUCCACGGCGACGAUGCCGAAGAAGCAGCUUCGAAGCCUGCUAAGGCUGGGAAGUACACCAUAACCUCAGAACACAAAGGCGAGAAACAGCCCGUCACAGCAAUCCAGGAGCUCAAAAACGAUGUUGAUGAAUUGCUUGCUACCGCGAGAUCAAAUGCUACCUAUGUUGUAGCCUUCAUUGUAUCUAGAGCAAUGAAGUCUACCAAGAGCGGCGAUACCCCUUACCGAAAUCUGCUUGAUCUUUUCGUGGAGGAUUUCAUUACAUGUCUCAACUCGGCGGAUUGGCCAGCUGCAGAGCUCUUGUUGCGAUUAUUACUAUUCAAGAUGGUGGGCUUGGCUGAGGGCGAAAAGACGCCAGUCCCCGCGAAGAACAUGGCUCUUGAUCUCCUUGGCAUGAUGGGUGCAGCGAUCUCUGAGUUGAAUUCGCACGUCCGAAAAACUGCGAGUUCGCUCGAGAACGGCGAUACUGACCUUGGGCAAUAUCUGUCUAAAUUAGCAGAAAUCGCGCUAAACAGUAAAGUUUCGGGCAUCGAGCUGGUCUCCUGGCCAUGCGGGCCUUUCCGCGCAUGUCUGGAGUCUCUCGAGUAUCGGUAUCCUGUCAAGGAAGACGACCCGCAAUUACGCAGUGCGAUCGGAUAUUUUACGACCGAAUGGGCCUCGCAGGUCUGCUCCGCGUUUGACAACGACGAGGACGAUGAGGACGACAGCAGAGACAAGGAAUAUGGCCGGCUGGCGUACCGGCUGAGGAUGAUGAUAUCUGACAGUCGAUGGCUGUCCACAGAAUACAGCUUCGAACCUGUGAGCCCGCCUCACGCUCGCCUAGCAUACUCGGUAACGCUGCUGCAUUCACGAUUCUGCAGCUCGUUCGGCCGGAUCUUGUCCAUCUUACUGUCAUCCAUGACGAGUGAGCAAGCGACUGUACGGGCCAAGAGCAUGAAGAGUAUCAAUCAGGUCCUUGACACUGACCCUUCAAUUAUCGAUAGAGAGCCGGCGGUUAAGCAUCUCAUCCUGAGAUGUGCCAACGACAGUUCAAUUGCGGUCCGCGACUCUGCGUUAGGACUCAUCGGCAAGUGCAUCAAUCUUAGACCUGCUCUCGAGGAAGAGAUGAUCGAUAAUAUCCUGCAGCGAGUCAGUGACAGCGGAGUUGGUGUGCGGAAGCGCGCCAUGCGGCUCUCAAAGGACAUAUACCUCAGAAAUUCGAAGGCUGAAGUUCGUAGUCUGAUCGCAGAUGCUCUUCUUCAUCGUGUCCAGGAUCUAGACGAAGGAGUCCAGGAUUUGGCCCGUCAAAUGAUGGAAGAGGUUUGGAUGUCGCCGUUCUACCAGUCGACAUCAUCGGACAACACAUCGGCUCAAUUUAAACUCGCAAUGGCAGACCAUGUUGCUCUGAUGGUGAAAACUGUUCAGCGUGGGAGUGGUGUAUCUGCUGUACUGGACAAAGUCCUUCAAAAUUUGCUCUCUUCGGACGCCAGAUUUUCAGCGGGAAAUUUCCGGGUCUGCAAAGCCCUAGUCUCUACUAUGUUCGAGACUGUCAUUGGCGAUGGCAGAGAAGACAACGAUGGACCUUCAGUACGACGUGAUGCUCUGCAAAUUCUCACAAUUUUUGCAAAAUCAAACGCGGAUCUUUUCACGGCCCAGCAGAUCCAGCUACUCCAGCCAUAUGUUGCCCAUCUCGGAAAGGGCGAUGAUUUGAUAAUUUAUCGAUCGGUUGUGAUCAUCUUCCGCCACGUUCUCCCCCAUCUAUCCAAGACUCACAAUCAAUUCCUCUCAGAUGUCAGAAAGGCCCUUCUUCCAUCGAUCACGGGAGCAAGCAAGGGAAUUCUAGACGACGUCAUUGCCUGUAUCUGGAUCAUAUCUGGGACACUGGCUGAUUUCAGACAGCUCACGGCAGUGGUGGUUUCUAGUCUUGACGGUCUUCGCAAGAAGCAGGGUGCGACCUUAGACGACUUAGGUGUCCGAAAGGUCAACAAGCUAUUAACUAUCACAGGUAUGUGUGGCAAGCACUGCGAUCUUGACCCACAGGUCAUGGAGUUUCGAAAGAAGAUCCCAUCCUGGAAGGGAGACUCCGUCUCGAAGCUGAUGGCCGAUACGUUUGCGCCGUUCACGUCGCCUUCUCAGCCCCUUCAAGUCAGACAACACGCUCUGGAUGCCGUUGGCAUGGUUUGCCAGUCGUGGCCCAAGAACUUCUCCUCUGUAAAUAUCUUCACUUCUUUCUUGGAAGUGUUUGAUAAAAAAGAACCAACUCUUGAAAGUAUUGUGUUGAGAGCCUUCAAGGAUUUCUUACUUCUCGAGGAGAAGCGAUCCGAGGCGGGAAAAGAUGGCAUGACCGGAGCUGGUGUGGACGGCAAGGCGAAGUUGGGAAUCAUGGGUGGCAGCCAGGGCGACGGGAUUGCGAUUGGUAUCGCGCAGCGAUUCUUACCACACAUCGUUCGAAUCGCCCUGUCUUGUCAAGAUGAUUUGGGACUGCUGGCCGCUGAGGUGGUCUGCAGUAUCGCACGACAAGGAUUGGUCCACCCGAAGGAAUGUGGCUCGUGCUUGAUUGCGCUCGAAACUUCCCAGAACCCAAAGAUUGCCGAGAUCGCUGUUCGAGAGCAUCGUGCCCUCCACGAGAAGCACGAGACGAUCCUGGAGAAGGAAUACAUGCGGGCUGUUCAUCUUGCGUAUGUCUAUCAACGUGACGUUGUCGAAAAUACCCAUGGAGCUACCCUAAACCCCUACGCCGCUAAGCUCGCGUUAAUGGUGGACGUUCUCAAGAUCAGCAAGGUGGGUAAUCGCAAGAAAUUCUUCAACAACUUGUGCGCACGCAUCGAGUUCGACCCGGCCAAGAUGGACGCUGUCAAGGAACUGCCACAACAUCUUGAAUUUUCCCAGUUCAUCAUCGAGAAUAUGGCGUUCUUCGAAUUCCAGACCAUCGAUGAGCUCAUGUCAACUAUCCAUUCUAUGGAGAAAGUUGUCGCUGCUUUGGGUACAGGUAUUGCCCAUUCGAUCGAGACGGAGAUCUUUCAAAUCAGCCUCGACCAGCCCUCGCAGAUCGACGAAAACGGACAGUCCCAACCUGUCGUACCUACCAUCGACCCAGUACGUCUGAAACAACUGACGGCGUCAUCCAUGAUGCUUUCCAGUCUAUGGGAGGCCCGCUCAUACCUCCGGCGUCAGUAUGGUCUCGUAACGAACAAACAAACAAGCAAGAGCAAAGCCGCGUCCAAGGACACUGGUAAAUUACCAGUCCGAGUCCCAGGGGUCAAUGGUGACAAGUUCUGGGAAUUGUGUGAAUCAUCGAUAACUGCCCUCGAGUCGGAGGAGAGUAUGAUGAAUCAGUGCCGUGCGUUCGUUGAGCUGUUGAGCGUCGACCAGGACUUCAAGCUUGCCGCAGAGGAUGACGAAGAAGCUGAAGGAGGCAGACCCAGCACGCCGAGCGAUGAGGAAUAUGACCGUCCCGGAACUCCUGCUCCACCUGGUAGUGGGAGAGGAAGAAAGCGGAAGGGUUCAGUCAGCAGUACCCCCGGCAACCGAAAUAAGAAGGGACGCUCAAGCUCAGUUCCUAGAAGCAAAGGGUGA